AUGAAGACUCGAUUCGACAUAAAUUGGAUUGAGACUUUGUUGCAUGCUGGGAGAUAUAUUCAAUGUGAUCCCUUGCAAUCAAGAAAAAGAAGCACUACUAUUGAAAUUGGGAAAUUUUGGUAUCGGGGUCAAGAGCUUUCAAAAACUCAUAAUUCCAAUUCUAAUGGGUUGAUACAAAAGUUCAUCAAUGGGCUAAAGCUUAUUCAUAGCAAGGUUAGGGACGCAUCAACUUCCAAGGACGACCCUUCCAGUUCUGCUUCCAAGGACAACCCUUCUGCUUUUGCUUCCACUUCCAAGGACGAGGCUUUGGCUUCAGCUUCCAAGGACCCUUCCGCUUCCACUUCCAAGAAAGCGGAGAAAGAAUGUUUCUUGAAAAAUCUUUUCAAGAAAGAAGUGAAUCCAGAUCCAGAGCUAGAGCCAGAGUAG